AUGUCCACAUCCAGUCCGCCGCUCGCACAGGCCCUGCAUUCGCUCGGCCACCCACCCCUCAUCUACACAUCCUGCUACUGCGAAGAAAACUGCUACAAGCUCGUCGAGCGGCUGCGGUCGCUGCACGUCGAUCUGCGGUCUGUCCAUGUGGUCUUUAUCUCGAAUCCACACGAAAGAGCCAUCCUGUGGCGGCAAAAGUCGUCGACCUGGGGGCUUAAUGGCCAGGUUAUCUGGGACUAUCAUGUCAUUGUCGUCGUGAAGAGCCCGGAGCUGCCCCACGCUCUCGUCCUCGAUUUCGACACCACCCUGCCGCUCCUCUGUCCCUUUCCGACUUAUGCCCGUGAGGCUCUCUAUCCCAACGGGUAUCAGGCCUGGAUCCGUGAUCUCGGGGCUCGUCUCUACCGAGUUGUCUCUGGCGACGCUUUUCUUGAACACUUUGCAAGCGAUCGAAGCCACAUGAUUGCCGCCGACGGAACCUACAACUCGCCGCCUCCGUCCUAUCCGCCGAUCAAGACAAAGGAUUCGACCAUGAACUUGGACAGCUACCGCAAAAUGUCUCUUGCAGAGCCGAGUGCGGAUCGAAGUGACUCCAAGUUUGGCACUCUGUUCACCGAACAGCAAUUCUGCAACUAUUUCCUCGGCGACGGCUCGGGAUCGUCCGGCGAGUAG